AUGUCCAAGACAUACAAGACAUUGGCUGGUUCCGUUCGGUCAUUUCGUGCAUUGCCUCAAAGAUCAGUAAUGGUACGGUCUCGCUGUUUCAAAUCGUCUGCGCCCAAGAGGAAUGCGGUUCCCCCACCAGGCUACACCGCCGACCCGACGGCGGGUGCCAUGCUGCGCUUCGAAGCGUCCUUACCCCAACUACCCGUACCCACCCUCUCCUCGACAGCCGCAAAGUACCUUGAGACCGUCCAGCCGCACCUGACGCCGUCCGAGUUCGCGACGACCCAGGCCGCCGUCAAGACAUUUCUCGAGUCGGAGCAGGCAAAAACCCUUCAGGCGCGGCUCGAGGCGCGGGCGAAGGACCCGAACGUCAGGAGCUGGCUGUCGGACUGGUGGAACGACGUCGCGUACAUGGGCUACAGGGAUCCCGUGGUCGUGUACGUCAGCUACUUCUACUUGCAUAGGGACGACGUGCACAAGCCCGGGCAGGCGAGGAGAGCCGCCAGUCUUAUCAAGGCGAUGCUGCCUUUCAGGACGCUUGUAGAGAGCAAACAGCUGGAGCCCGAGAAAGUGCGUGGGAUCCCACUCACGAUGGAGUCGUAUCAAUGGCUCUUCCACUCCUGCCGAUACCCAGAGAAGCCUUCCGACGUAGCGCACAAGUUUGACGCCAGGGAGAACAAUCACGUCGUGUUCAUCCGGAAGAACAAGCUCUUCAAAGUGCCGCUUGCAGAUGCGAGCGGUCGGGAACUCUCCUCGGCUGAGCUGGAGGCGCAGAUCGAGAAGGUCAUCGCGUUGGCAGGCACCGACAAGGCCGUCCCUGUGGGUGCCCUCACUUCCGAGAACCGCGAUGUAUGGACAGACGCCCGUGCCACCCUCCUCGCGGCCUCGCCAUCAAACGCGGCUAACCUCAAAGAGAUUGAGUCUGCUAUGGUGGUCGUGUGUCUGGACGACACCGCCCCCGUCACGCGCGAAGACGCAAGCUGGGCUUGCUGGGUGGGCGACGGCCGGAACCGCUUCUUCGACAAACACCAGCUGAUCGUCUUCGAGAACGGCAAGUCGGGAUUCCUCGGCGAGCAUUCGUGCAUGGAUGGCACUCCCACUCUUCGCCUGAACGAGUUUACGCUUGCGUCCCUCGCUGCUGGCAAAAUCGACCUCGGCCCUCCACGCACGGCGGACACAGGCGCGAACCUGCCCGCGCCAAAAGAGCUGCACUUCGUAAUAGAUGCCAAGACACAAGAGUACAUCGCAAAGGCCGAAAGCGCGUUCGAUACCCUCGUCGGCCAACAUGACAUGGAGGUCUUGCACUACGAGGGCUACGGCAAGGAGUACAUCAAGAAGUUCAAGGCCUCUCCCGAUGCGUGGGCGCAGCUGGUGAAGCAGCUCGCGUUCCACAAGAUGUACAACAGGCCCGGCGUGUGCUACGAGAGCGCGCAGACGCGCAAGUACCAGCUCGGGCGCACGGAGGUCAUCCGGAGCGCCAGCAACGAGAGCAAGGUCUGGGCGGAGGCGAUGCUCAACCCUAACGAGACGGACGAGCACCGUGCGCUCCUCUUUAGACGAGCGGUGACCCGGCACUUGCAGUACGCCGCGUGGGCUGCAGACGGUCAGGGCGUCGACCGCCACCUCUUCGGGCUGAAGAAGAUGCUGCGCGAGGGCGAGCCCGUCCCCGCGAUCUACACCGACGCGGCGUUCUCGAAGACAAACCACUGGGAGCUCUCGACCUCCAGUCUCUCCUCUCCAUUCCUGGACGGCUGGGGCUACGGUGAAGUUGUGCCGGAUGGCUACGGCCUGUCGUACUCCAUCGGCGACAAUUACAUCCGCUGGACGAUCACCAGUUUGAAGCGGCGGACGGCCGAGCUCAAGCACUACCUCGCGGAGGCGGCGACGGAGACGCGGGCAAUGAUGGAGCGCGCCGCUGCCGCUGCGGAGGCGCAGAAACACAAGGGCGACGGCGCGAAGGCCAAACUGUCUCCAGCUGGUGUCGCUGUACGGUAG